AUAUGGCGUGCUGGCACUGAAGUGAUUGCAAGAUACAGUUUCAAGGGAAAAUCCCCUGAAGACCUACCUUUUAAGAGAUGUGAUCGCCUGGUUAUCAUUUCCUCCACAAGAGACCCUAAUUGGUACAUGGCGAAGCGGUCAAGUGAUGGCCAUGAGGGAAUGAUCCCUGCUAAUUAUGUCCAGAAACGCUCAGAGCAUUAUGAAAAAGAUGCAGAUGGACUCUGUAUUCAACUGAAGAACAGUGUUCCCAAGAUGGAUUUGGCAAGUGAAUGUAAGGUGUUCGAGCAGCAUGGUUGGGUGAUCCAGAAAAAGGACUUGGAGCUUGGUGAGACAUUGGGAAAAGGGGAGUUUGGAGAUGUUCUCCUUGGCUCUGUACAAGGCAUGAAAGUUGCUGUGAAAAUGCUCAAGAAGGACUCCCCAAAAGCAUUGGAGGAGUUCUUGGCUGAAGCUGAGAUGAUGACGUCUCUGCAGCACCCAAACCUAGUCCAGCUGCUGGGACUGGUGAUAGAGGAAGCGCACAAGGGGAUGAUUUAUCUCAUCACAGAGUACAUGUCCAAGGGGAGUCUGAAAUUCUCAAAUAAGACAGACAUGUGGAGCUUUGGUAUCCUCCUGUGGGAAAUCUACUCUUUUGGACGGGUGCCCUAUCCCAGAAUUCCCCUAUCAGAUGUGGUGAAGCACGUUGAGAAAGGGUAUCGCAUGGAGGCACCUGAUGGAUGUCCAAAUGAGAUCUAUGACAUCAUGCGAUCGGCAUGGGACAUUGACCCUGAGAAGAGGCCAAGCUUUGAAGAGGUGCUGACAAGGCUGCAAAGUCUGCGUCAGGUCAUGUGAGGUCGUACAGGCAGGAUCCUGAAACAACAUUGCCUCAACCUUGGUCAUUCAACUGGUUUUCCUUCGUCUCUCCUUCCUGCUUUAUUUUCAGUCUCUUUGGGUUGUUUGUCUCAUUUUAUUUAAUCUCAUUGGGGGUUCCUUCAUGAGCCCUGUUCCCCUGUGUUGGAAGAGAGUGGCAGAUCAUACUGUAAAACCCUUUAUUUUUUCUGCUUGGAAGUUUUUCUACUUUUGAGGAAAAUAUUAACAUUCUCUGAACUUGUGGAACCUAGGCUUUCGUUUCUAUAAACCUUAAAACUGAUGAGUUUCAUUAUCAUUACAUUAAAUGUUUCACAACUCAAGAAGGAACAGAUCGAUGUGUUCAUCAAGCUUUGCUAUGAUAUUGAGGCUGGCUUCUUGCAGUGUUCUUAUUCUUACCUCGUGGAAAUAAAUUUCACAAGAAAAAGGGUUUUAUGGUUCUGCUUUUGCAGUUCAAGAUGAAUAUGCAUUCAUACAAAUUUGCUGGCCAGUGAUUUGACUGUAAGUAAGAAAUUGCCUCCUGCUUGACAAUUUUUGGUUCCCUGUGCUAGACACUUUCAUCUUUCUUCAUUAUUUAUUGCAAUCUUCUUGAAGCUCUUGGGUCACACCCUGCACAAAGAAUGGGAAAACAUUUUUCCAGUUCUCACCGGAAACUUCACUAAAUUCACAUGCAGUGUUCUGCAAUGCAGUGUGUUCAUGCCAAGAAGCAGGCUUGAAAGAACUCACAGCUGAUUCAAUUGAAAAGCUGAUGUUCAUUCCCAUUGUCAACUCUUGUGAAGGAGUGCCUACAUCGCCUACUGUAUCAGUACUUAAAAGCCUUGAAUCUCUGUGGUUGUACUCCUUGUGUUGGGGAUGGUAGGUGUUGGGAGUAUUGAACUUAACCGCACGACAAACCUGUUACUGAAUUGGAUGCCCUUUUCCAUUUUAUACACCAUCUUAUACUUUUCGAGUUUUGGAUUGUGUUGCCUUUGCUCAAGGGGAAGAAAGAAAUGUGCCAAAAGCGUUGAUUGAUGGUUCAGCAGCAUUGCAUCAGUAUCAAAGACUCAGGAGGCUUUUUCGCUCUUCCUCCUCCACUACCCUUACGCCUACUUUCACUGUAGGUGUUUUCAGCUAGAUGUGCGUCUUGACAUUUGUAUGAUUUUCUAUCAGGAGGGUACACCAGACAUGGGUGCCAUUUUUACCUGCAUGCCUAGAAGACAUUGUGUGCUGUGCUUUAGAGGAGAGGAAAUAAUAUUGAAAGGACCAUUGUGAAGAAGAAAUUCUGUUAAAGGACCAAUAGAAGAAUAAAGUGCUUUGAUAUGGAAA